GUUCUGAUUCUAGGGGCUUUGGAGCUGUUUAUAAGGCCUUCGACACUGCCACAGGACAAGCGGUGGCUGUAAAGGAACUUUAUCUCCAGCACCAGUGCUGUGAGGGAAUAUUAAAAGAAAUCCUGCUCAUGAGAGAAAAUAAGAACGCCAAUAUUGUCAGCUACUUAGAAAGCUACCUUGUGGAUAAGGCUGUACUGCUGGUGUUGGAAUAUAUGGAUGGAGGCUCCUUAGCUGAUGUGGUCACCGUGAGAAGGAUGGCUGUAGGACACAUAGCAACAGUGUGUCGGGAGUGCCUGCAAGGCCUAGCUUUCCUUCAUGCCAAGCAGGUGAUCCACAGAGACAUCAAAAGUGACAACAUCCUUCUGGGCCGGGAUGGCUCCGUCAAGCUGGCUGAUUUUGGCCUCUAUGCUGUGCUCAGCCCUGAGCACAGGAAACGGAGGUCGAUGGUCGGGACCACUUACUGGAUGGCACCCGAGGUGGUGAGAAGAGAGCCUUACGGCCCCAAAGUGGACACCUGGUCCCUUGGCAUUGUGGGAAUAGAAAUGGCCACAGGAGAGGCUCCUUAUAUGCAGGAGACCAGUGUCAAGGCCAGCUACCUGAUAGGCAAGCAAGGGGUUCCAAAUCUGCACCAGCUCAGGCUACCCCCUGGCUUGUGUGAAUUUCUGGGCUGCUGCCUGCAGAUGGAUGUGGACAGGCGAGGCUCUGCCAAGGAACUUCUGCAGCAUCCAUUUCUGCAAUCAGCGGAGCCUCUCUUAAGCCUCUUCUGACAGCCUGAUUGCUGCCAUCCCUGCAGCAAGGGAAUGCAAGAAGCAAAGGAGAUGACAAGGUGUGAGAGUCUGUCCGAAACUUCCCUCAUUUUUUGCCUCUCAAUCGUCAUGAAAGCCAAGACCACCGGGGAAAGGGAAAGAUCCUGUUCUGAAAAUCCAGGUCUGUCUGGUCCACCAAGCCAGAUUAUUGCCUAUGGGUGUGUUUGCUCAACUCAUGGAACACUGCACCCAAGAAUGGGCAGUGUGCUCUCCUUCGCCUGCAUCACCUAGCAACGCUAGUGCUGGAAUUUCUCCACCCUUCUGACUUGGCUGGACUUUCUCUCUGGAAUGACCUUUCUGGAGGUCACCACUAAAGGACCCUCCAUUCACCGUACAUCAACCACCGUGACAGAUGGACUGAGAUGGGAGAAGGUUCUCCCCUCAAGGACUGAGACGUGCGACCCCUACAUGGAAAAGCUCCCCUCUUUUCCCAAAAGGACUAAGACUGAAAUCCCCACCGUAGGGUGAGGGAAGGUAUGCGUGGGGACCAAAGCAAGUUUUGCAAGCGACCACUGGACCGAGAAGACAAUGGUUCCUGCUUACGACAUCUGCUGCUGACGACGCCUGUUCCUGAUGGACUACUGAUGGAUUCCUUGUACCCUUUAUCAAUAGACUAUUUUGAAAUGGGUCCCCUUCCCCCAUUUCAAAAGGACUAUAAAAAAGGUUAGACCUGACUGAUACCUUUGAGAUCUCCCCUGACGUGAAGACGACCGGCUCUUCGUCGACCGGACUUCGAGGGACUUUGUCAUCUGCACGUCUGGUAGCUAUAUACCUCCUUGCCCUCCCUCUCUUCUUUUUCUUUUCCUUACUCUUUUCCCUUUCUUCAUUCCCCUUCUCUCUAACGCAUCUUUGCUAUGGCUAUUUAAUAAAAGUACAUUUUGAUUUUACUGCAAAUCCCCUUGUCGUGUCAGUUUUUGCACCCU